UUAUUAUAAAGGACAAUGGGCACUUUUGUAUGGGGAGUGUCCCAUGGAUGUAUACUGUUGAGACAUAUGUCGUUUUAAAGCUCUUAAUCGUAGUAUUAUUUUAUUGUAUGGCACCAACCUUGGACCACUUGCAGGGACCGAGCUAUAUAAAAAAAGAAGUUGCGCAUAUAAGCAGUUAUAUUUCCUUAUACGCGGGAUAUAAAAAGUUUUAGCGUAUUUUAUUCGAAAGAAUAUAAAAAAUGCUUUAUGUUUUUUGUAUCAACACCAAUGAUAAAGUAUUUAAAGGGACACAAUGAACAGUUUUAAAAAAUCGUCAUUCUAAAAAUUACUUAAUACACAGCGAAAUAAGAGUGUAUACAAAUGCCAUGUAUAUCAUGUGAAAAGUAUUUUUAUAAGCUAUUUUUCGUAUAAUAUAACUGGGGUCAAAUCGUUGCAGGGACCAAAAUAAAACCAUUUAAUGAGUUAAUUAAUUGUAGUUAAUUACGCCUUAACUUUUCUACUCAACGCCAGAUGUCGCUCUAAAGCAAAAUUCUACUUGACGUAAAACAUUUAUACAUUGCGGUAAUCUCGUCAGUCUUACUCCAUCAUUUUAAAAAGUAUAGACUAGUUUAUGGAUUUCUAAAGUUAUGUCAAGAUGACUCUGAAUGUAAUAUUGUCAACAAUAAUUGUCAAAACACGCAAUUUAAAAUAUUCAACAUUGUAAUUACAAAAUAGUAUAUUUCUAAUACGCUAUAAUUUUCUCCAAUCGAAAGGCACUCCAUUCCAUUGAUCUCAGAGAGUAUGCUCCUUGAUGAUCUUCACUAUUCAUGGGUAACGGAGUACUACAAAAUGCCAGAGCUGUACGUAAUGGACGACUAUGAUCGCUGUCUGGUGGCAUCUAAAGGACUCUAUUGUGUCCUAGAUGCAGAUUUGUACCCUGGGGAAAAUCCGGACCUCAUGCGAAUUCUACAGGAAUACUCAGCCAGUACGAAGAAACACUACAACCACACACAAAUACACAGAGCAAUAUGUGUCACAGACACUUGUAAGGACUUCACACAGGGAAGGUACUUGGAAAACCCUGAAGACCUAAGACAGGUUCUUGAGGAAUGCGUGAAUGCUUCCAUAUGGCGGACACACAAGUUGACCGCCAGAGUAACGGAUGUAUCGACUUGCAAGAAACACGGGGUAAAGAGGCGUUUCUCCGCCGCAGAUUACGUGAUGGCAGGAGUUUACAUGGCUCUCAUAAUAGUCAACGUGCUGGGAACGUGGCAUGAUUUUAUUCAGGACGACACUCCAGGGAACCCGUACUUAUUGGCGUUCUCUAUCCGAAGAAACUGGCGCAAACUGACCUCUGCCGGGUUCGACGGGCCCGACCACAGAUUGCGCAGGCUUCGGGUCUUCAAUGGACUAAGGACCCUGACGUUAUUCGGAGUGUACACGACCCACACAGCAUUAGUGAUGGCCUUCUCCUUCUUAAAGAACCCUCUCUACUUUGAAGUGACUUACGAAGACCCCUUUAAAAUCCUGCUCGUGAACGGCGACGUGGUGACGUACACGUUCUUCGUGAUGUCCGGCUUCCUGCUGGCGUUCAACUUGGAGGUGCUGGCGGAGAAGAUUAAGAUCACGUUCUGGGAAUGGCCUAAGGCUAUGACGUUGCGUUGGCUGAGAUUGACCCCCGUGAUGGCGUUAGUGCUGUUCACGGUGAUGACUAUCAACCGUCAUCUGGCGGACGGUCCGCAAUGGGACUUAGUGGUCACCAACGAGGCCGAAGCCUGCUGGCAGUACUGGUGGGCGCAUCUGCUGUAUAUCAACAACUAUAUCUAUGACAACUCGCACUGCUUGCCGCAAACUUGGUACCUAGCAGCUGAUACACAGCUAUGCGCAGUAGGCAUGCUUGUAUGCGUUGUGUUCCGCCGUCCGCGCUAUCAAGCCAUGGUGCUAGCUGUUUUGGGAGUGCUCGCGCUGCUUAUGCCAGCGGCUCACACCUAUUUUCAGAACUUGGAUGCCGUGGUCUAUCAAUCUCCAGAAUUGUACCGUAGCCUCUACAAGACGUACGACACGUUCCGUAUCAUGUACGUGCGCGCGCACACGAACAUGUUCACUUACGUUCUCGGCAUGGCUUGCGGGCUGCUCGCCAUACAUUGGUUCAAGAACGAGAAGGUCGUCUCUGAGAGAUUCCAGAAAUAUCGCUGGGUGAUAUGGCUGAUGCUCCCGAUCGUGUUCUUCAACGUGUACUCCGGCUCCUUCUUCUAUGCGGACGGCUACGAGCCCUCAACAGCUGUGAGGGUCCUGUACGCCACGCUGCGGAAGCCGCUGUUCCAAGUCUUCACCUUCACGUUCAUCAUGGGCUCCAUCUUUAAGGCUGAAGGCGUUAUCCGUGGCAUCCUGGAAUGGCGCGGCUUCACCUGGACUGCCAGAGUGUCGUACUGCGCGUUCCUGCUGCAUACAUUAGUGCAGCGUGGUCUAGUUGGCGCGCAGAAGCUGCCCACAUACAUGUCAGACUACUACAUGCUAAUGAUCCUCGGCGGAACUACUUUCAUCACGACCAUAGCGGCGGCGCUGCUCUGGCUGACCGUGGAGGCCCCGAUAGGAGCUCUCAUCAAGAUCAUCAUAGCUCCGUCGGCGCGGCCGCCGCCGCGUGAAGAAACUACCAAAGUUUAAGUCUGAGAAUACGAGAAUAUUGAGCUCCACGGACGCGAUAACAUGUCCGAAAUUAUUAUCAAAACUCAAUUCUGAAUCCAGAAGCGCAAGUUCGUUUUAUAGCUCGCAAUUUAUGAUCUUAAAUUAAAAACUACAGGAAACGCUCA